UUGGAUUGGAUGUUGGAGCUGGACACCGAAGCGAUAAACCAUUAGCGAGCUCGUCGUGGACCCUAAUAACUUCCAUCGGAACGCCGCGCGCCUUCAUCUGGCUCCAACGGAUUCCCGCCGGCAGAUCUGCUCCGCUCCCUUCUCUUCCCCUCGCCGUUACCGGAGACCGGACAUCCUGCUCCAUGGCCCAUGACAUGCCCUGGUCAUGGGGUUCCAGGAGGGACCGCCAGUACCUCCUGCUCCGACGGAUCGAAGAAGGCGAGGUCGUCUAUCUGCUGACCCAGCCACCUCUCAUCCUCCGUGAAAGAUACGCAUACUAUGUUAGGAUCAUCCUCAGGUGUCUUACGCCGGUGCUCAGCGUGUCAACCAUAGCUCUCCUCCUUGUGCUCAAGUACAGGUACCAUGAAGCCGAGCUGCAGGAUCCUCUUCACAUGGCAGCCUGUCUGAUUCUGGCUCUUUGCUUUGCUCCAGCUGGGUACAUAUGUACUCAAGAUUAGCCUAGCUACUAGAUGGCACAUUUUUUUAAAGCUAAAUUAGGCCCAUGAAAUAGGGACGAUCCACUAUUAGUUCUCUUGUCAUAUUUUCUAUAUUUUCAUUAUUAUUUCACGCAACGAUUUGUUUUGUUUCUCUUCUGUAGUAUUUCACACAAGUAAAAGAACGAGACCCAUGUGCGAGCACCUGGGGCAUCUACGGUAGCUAUGAGCAGCAAACCGCAGUGUCCGAGACUCAAACCCGGGUUGCUAGGUAGCUGAGCGCACUCCUGCUUAGCUAGUCAUCUGGUCAGGCUCGUAUUUCACACAAGUAAGUUCAGAGGACCAUGCUGAAAUUGUUUUGCCA